UUUCGUAUACACUCUAUCAAAAUGGCCGCUCCAGCGAAAAGUUUGCCGAGAGAUGCUCAAAUUAUGACUGCAAUUUUGAAAGAUCUAGGUGUUACUGAACAUGAGCCACGAGUCAUAAAUCAAAUGCUUGAAUUUGUUUACAGAUAUGUAUCUGAUAUAUUAGACGAUGCCAGAGUAUACUCCAGUCAUGCUAACAAGAAAACAGUUGAUGUUGAUGAUGUCAAGCUGGCCAUACAAUGUAGAAUGGACCAUUCCUUCACAUCACCUCCGCCAAGAGAUCUUCUGAUGGAUAUAGCUAAACAUAAGAACAGUCAAGCUUUGCCUUUAAUUAAACCUUACAGUGGACUGAGGCUUCCACCAGAUAGAUACUGUUUAUCUGCACCCAACUACAAGAUGGCCAGUCAUAAAAUGGUCAAAAAGCAACAAGCAAGGAUACAGUUUGGUCUGCCAAUGGGUCAACAGUUUUCAGGUUCACAGAGAAUAAGCAUUACACCGCAUGGAAUUGGCAAAUCAAGUGGUAAUCCAAACCUAAGUGUUGUAACCAAAAACAUGUCAGUUCCUACUGUUACAAUAGUAACUAAACCACAAGCAUCAACAAUGGUGCAAAGACCAGCAUUCAGAAUAUCAGCAGGUACAAAUUUACAACCCAUUCAUGCCAGCCAGCCAAUGUCAUCUGCACUACAUCCUUCAGCUUUAUUGUCUAAGACAUUACAGAUCUCCCAGUCUACAGCCUCACUCAUAUCUAACAAUACUCUUAAGAGGAAGCAUGAUGAUGAUGAUUAUGAUACAUAACAUCUAAUGUAACUUGAUACAUAUUGUGUUACAUAUUUUGAUACCAGAAACAUAAUCAUACAUUCAUUGACAUUACAUAACAAAUAUUUGAAUUUUUUAAUCAAGUAAAAUAGACUAGAUGUGUACUGCAUUCAUUUUGUAUAUACUGUAAACGUAAUACAUUCUCUAUAAAAUAUUGAUUUUUACAUUUGGUAGUCAGCCAAAGCUUUUUCUCAAAGAAACAGUUUGUUCUAUUCAUCAAGAAACAAAUGAGUCUUCAAUGUAUGUGAUCUUAAGGAAUAAAACAUUUGUACAUA